AUGGCAAGCAGUUGGCUUUCAUUUCUGCUUCUGCUGCUGCUCAGUGUGAGCGAGCAGACUGCAAAAGCAAACGUGGUAGACGAUGGCUUGAGGCUGGCAGGACAAAUGUUUGGCAUUAAUACGGCCGCAGAUGUGGCUAAUCUGGUGGCCAAGGCAUUCUCCCGGGUGUCUACGCGCAAGAAGCCAGAUUUGAUGAGCGUGCUGCAGCAGGGCAUCGAAUCGCAGCGUCAGCAGCAGUUGGAGCAGGAGGAGGAGCAGCAGCAAGAGGAGGACAAUGCGGAACAGGAAACUGAGCAGGAGAAUGCACAAGAGUCGCCGCCUGUGGAUAGCGACAAUCGCCGCCGACCCAUGCAGCUGAACACCGUGCAAAUGCUAACAAAUAUGAUGCGCAUGAUUGGCUUCGAUCCACGCAAGCUGGGCGCACUGGCUCUCAAUGCAAUUGUGAUGAUUGCCCAAGCGAUCGGCAGCACGAUCAUGCAGGCAACACGGGGCGGCAACGGCGGUAAUCCAGACACUGGACCCGAGGCGCUCUUCGAGCCCAACGAACACCAGCCACGCUCUCUGUCGCCCGGCAGCCCCAUCGAUUGGUUUUUGAAACGUCCGGGCGCCCAUACCCAGCGCAUGCUGCGUCGCAUCAUGGACCGCCGGCUGCCCGAGCACAUUGUCGACAUGAUUGAGUCCAAGGAGUCGGCGAAUGGCAACGAGGCUGCCUGCCUGAAGCUGCUCAUGUGCAAGAGCUCGCCCAUUAUUUGGGGCAUGCAGAACUCGCUGGAGAAGCGCUUGGCUGGCGAGCAGGAGGAGUACGACGAGCAGAGCUACAUGAAUGCAAAUGCAUUCUUCAAGUAUAUGCCCAGCCUGGAUGAGUUCAGGCAGCACAGCGAGAGCUGUGAGUCGCGCUUUGCCAAAUAUUGUCCACGCAAUGGCACAUUGAAGACGGCCUAACAAAUAUACAUACAUAUAUUAUAUUCCAGGCUGAUGGAAUAGAAAUUUCACAAUGUUUUUGUUUUUUACUUA